AUGGUGAACGACGACAUGCAGAAGGUCCCCAGGGGGAAAUGGACCACGCCGCCCUUCGACCCUCGGUUCCCCAACCAGAACCAGACCCGUAACUGCUACCAGAACUUUCUGGAGUUCCACCGUUGCCUCAAGAACAUGAACCGCCGCGGCAAAAGCCCGCAGCCGUGCGAGUACUACUACCGCGUGUACCGCUCGCUGUGCCCCAUCAGCUGGGUGCAGCGCUGGGAGGAGCAGAUCAGGCAGGGAACCUUCGCUGGCAAAAUCUGA